AUGUUGCUCUUAAUAAUUGAUAGACUUGAACACAGCCUGGAACACAUCAGGCCACUGAUAUUUCCUGCUAAGAGGCGCAAGGUUGUCACUAUGAAGAAGAGGAAGGAAAGGGUGUCCUCUGAAUCAACCCUUCCUUUAGUGGUGGGUAUCACUGCAGAAGAAAGCACUGCAUUGAUACCUGCUGCUUCAGAAAGUAAGGCACAAAAGGAUCUUACUCCUGUUGGAAGAGAUGCUUUGUCACGAAUUAGGGGUCGAGAUUUUGACUCAGCAUGUGGUCUUACUGAGGAUACUGGAGCCUUGAUUGUAUGGCAAGCACCACCUAUUCUAGAGGAGAUGGCUGCCCACAAUCAGUUAGACUCCAAGCAGGACCCAGAUAGUUUCAGGCCUCCGGCGACCUCUGUUAUUGAGUACCAGCGACAAGGACCAACUGCACAAAUGACCAAUAUUUCGUUUAUGGUUGGGAACUCAUCCCAUGCAAGGCCGACUGACCAGGAUGAUGAAAACUUGAGAGGAGAUGUUCUCACAUUGAUCAAUGAGAGCAAUGCAAGAAUCAUGGAAAUGUAUGAUGCCCACGUCAGCAAACUGAAGGCAGGGAACAUAAAACUAAUAGAGCAGCUGGAAGAUGAAAGAGCAGCUGCACUUGAGAGGACAAGAAUCCUUGAAGAGAGGCUCCAGCAAGAGUUGGAAAAUGAAAGGACAGUUGCUGCUGAGAGGACUACAAUUCUUAAGAGCAAGGAAGCUGCUAUUGAGAGAACAAGAGUUCUUGACGAGAAUUUGGAAGUACGUGCUAUUGAGAGAACAAGAGUUCUUGACGAGAGACUCCAAAGAGAAUAUGAAAUCGCACGUACUGCUGCAAGCCAGAAUGAAGCUUUAAAAGAGGAGAUUUUCAAACUUCAGGAGUUCGUUUUCUAA